UCUUUUCAUUUGAUUACAGGUAUGAGCAGUCCUUCAGCUCCAUCUACUGGACACUUGUAGAUAUUUCCUGGUGUUAGUUAUUUGUUUAAUAAAGUUAGUUAUUGACCUCUGAUGUCAUAACUCCAGGUCACAGGAAGUAGGUGUUUCCAGCCUGUGCAGUUCAUCUCAUGUGCUUUCAGCUUUCUCCAUGCUAAACAGGCCCUAUGCAGCAUUGUUGUUUUACCCUUUCAUCUUUAAAUACCCAUUAAACAAGUUAACAACUUACACAGUGUGGUGCUUUGAAGAAGGGUUAUCUGCCUGUCAAUCUUACUUCAGACAGUGAGCAGGACAGAACAGUAGACAACAUCACGCAUAGCUGAUGCAAUACAGCACAGUAAAACAACAGCUGGUAUCAAGAGGCCCACACGCAGAGUGGAUUAGCAAAUACCACAGAGAUACAGUACAGCUUCAGUUAACAUAGUACCACGUGCUAACUCUUAUCAAGAUUAGACGGCAAGAUGUCCGAACGAUCAAUCAAGACCAGAUCUAGGGUGUCACAUUCAUCCAGACUCUCAAACCGCUCCCAGGUGUCUGAUGCUGCGCUUUUCCGUGCAGAAGCUGCCGCUGCACUAGCUCAACUCACAUUUACUGGGAAGGAAACAGAGCUAAAAUUAGAGAAGACACGCUUAGAGGCUAUGAUGGAGGCAGACAAGGCUCGUCUGGCAGCUGAGAAAGAGGCAGAGAAGGCAAGGUUAGAAGUGGAGGCAAAGCUUCAAAUGGCACGCUUAGAAGCUUCAAUAGAGAUUCUUAAUUUACGUAAGACGGUGGCAAUUGCGAAUGCCAAGGCAGAUGCAUUAGAUGCAGUUCUCGACACUACAGAACAAGCAAGUCAGAAAUUCACUAUGCAGCCUGAUGUAAAACCAGAAACUGCUAUGCAACGUACAUAAAGAAUAUGUGCUGAAACAUUCACAGGAGUACAGUCCAUCAAUGCCAAGCCUAGAAAAGCUUAGUGAAUACAGAGACAGUGAUGUUAUCCCAUCAUUUGAGCAAAAUCAUAGUAAACCUCUCCAGAACAUUCCUUUGCAAUGUGACUACAAUGUGCCCGUAGUUACCUCUACCCCACCACCAGAUGGUGCUCUGUUACAAGAACAAAAGGAUUUCAAACAAUUGUAUCCUGUUGAUGUGAAAACUCCUGCAGCCAGAGACUAUAAUGACAUUCAGAGGACUUUACCUGUUACUAAUAAAUACAGCUAUCCUCCUGUUACACAACCAGUGGUUCCUGAUAGAGGCAGUCAUUCUCCAGAGGGAGCAUACCAGUACACACCAGAUGUGAAGCCAGCGCUUCCUAUUAAGCCUGAUUCAGACCAACUUUCUGGCAAUCGGCAGAUGUCAGACUUAGUGAGAUUUAUGGCACGCAGAGAAAUGAUAACAUCAGGCCUUGUUCAGUUUGAUGAGAAGCCAGAAAACUACAGGGCUUGGAAGGCGUCAUUCAAAAAUGCUAUAGAGGAUCUACACCUUUCAUACAAAGAAGAAACAGAUCUCCUAGUGAAGUGGCUAGGUCCAGAGUCCAGCAGACAAGUGAAAGGCAUUCGGGCAGUAUAUGUCAAUGAUUCUUGUAAAGGACUACAGAUGUCAUGGCAAAGGUUGAACGAAGAUUAUGGAGCUCCAGAGAAGAUAGAAAAAUCCCUGUGGGACAGGAUUGACAACUUUGGGAAUAUCUUUGAAAGAGAGUGCAGCAAGGAACUUAGAGAAUUCAGUGAUCUGGUAAUAGAACUGUUGGCAGCAAAAAAUGAAGGUUGCUUUCUAGGACUAAAUAAUCUUGAUCCCGCUAGAGGAAUAGAAGACCUUGUAAAAAAGCUGCCAGAUUCUCUAAAAAGGAAAUGGGCAUCACAUGGGACCAAGUACAAGGAAAUACAUAAUGUACUAUUCCCACCAUUCUCUUAUUUCGUGCAAUUUAUCUCUCAACAGGCAAAGAUGUACAAUGACCCAGGGUUUGCUCAGACGUUCCAGACCUUUGGUGACAACAAGCCAGAGAAAUACCGCUACAAGAACACCCCUCAGAGAAGUUCCAUCAGGGUGCACAAGACUGAAGUAUCUCAAGCUACAGGAAAACUCUUCAGCUUUUACUGA